UGCAAAGAGGACAUAUCGUCCUGGGCCUGCCUCGUUCGAGAGAAAGUUCCCAAAAUCUUCAUCUGUUUCUUUCUCUCGCUGCCCCGCUUUCUCUCUCUAGCUCAGGUAAGCUCUGCGCCGUUCCCUUUCAUCUUCAGAAAUUUUGUGUAAAAUUGAGAUCUGGAAUAUGGGUUUUCUGGUAACGACCCUAAUUUUUGCCGUGAUUGGGAUAAUUGCAUCGCUUUGUACCAGAAUCUGCUGUAAUAGAGGUCCCUCUGCUAAUCUGUUCCACUUAACGUUAGUCAUUACAGCAACAGUCUGUUGUUGGAUGAUGUGGGCAAUUGUAUAUCUUGCGCAAAUGAAACCGCUCAUUGUCCCCAUUUUGAAUGAAGGAGAGUGAAGUUCUUUACACAAAAUCUUUUUGAGGAUUAUCUUAGACUGUGGGUUGGCCACUGAGUAAUAUUUGAAUUUAGUUGUCAUGGAUGAUUCAGUGUCUUCUCAUGUUGAUUCUGUAUAUAAUCCGCAUUUGAGCAUAUGGACUUUGAAUUGGUAUCGUGUUGGCACUUGAUGUUAGCAGUCUCAUUUGUUGUAUUAUCCUUUAUUCAGUUUUAAUAAGAAUUAGUGUUGUUCUAUCAAACAUUAUGUAAUUUCAAAAAAUAAUUGCAAAAAAAGAUUACAUUUCUCUCCA